AUGGCGCCUUUCAAAGAUGAGCAGAUCCUGCUUGGCCUUCCCGAAUCCCUGACCCCGGCGCGUUUUCGAGUGCGCACAUGCAUGUUUCCCGCCGAAAAGCCUGGUGAAUUCGAACCAAACAAGGUCCGCCGAAAAGAUGUCCCUCCAGCAGAUGGCGAUAGCGAACCCGAGUACGAGGAGGACAUUCUCUCCGAGCAGGGUGCCAUCUGGCCCAUUCAACAAGGCCGAAUUGUCGAUUGGGACUGCUUCUUCGCCUUGAUCGACAAUGUCUAUCGCAACAUCAAUCCUCCCUUCCACACUGCCAUCCUGCUCAUUGCUCAGCCGAUAUGGACCCCCAAGGAACACGAGAAGAUUGCUCAAUUCAUCUUUGAAAAGUUGAAGCCGCCGGCCUUUGGCUUGAUGGACGCUGCUUCGGCCACACUGUACGCCUACGGUGUACCCACUGCCACUAUCGUAGAUGUUGGCUAUGAAAAGGCCGACGUUACCGCCAUCUACGAUUACCUGGUCCACGACACGGGGCGUGCCUUGAGUGUGCCUGAUUGUGGUGGAGAAGCCCUGACAGAGCGCCUCUUCCAACUUCUUUCUUCAAGAGGCUUUUCCAAAGAAGUCUGUGAGCAGUUGAAGAAGAGCUCCAUCUGCGAGAUUCUUGACGGCGAUCUACCCACCGAGACUGCUGCAGCACCUUCUGAUCAACCAUCUAACCCUGCCGCGGCUGCCAGUACUGGUGCAGAAGGCUCAGGUCCUGACCAGCGAACGACGACUGCUGCUCUUGGUGAGACUCCUCUAGGUCCAGGUCCUGGUACUCAAGUUGGCAGCGAGCAGAAGGACGGCGAGGACAACGAAGGCGUGCUUGAUAUAGCCAGCAUUGUCACUGGCGGAAACAUGAACGAGUUCUUGGAACGUAAAGAGAAGGAGAAGGCUGAAAGGCUAGCGGCAAAGAAGAAAGGCACAGAAGCUGGUCCGGUUGGCGCAAAGCCUGUCAGGCUCCCCAACUCAAAGAGAGUCAAAAACACCUUUAUAUACGAGGAUCACGUAUUGCGUGAUGCCAUGAAGCAACAAAACUUCAGCGACAAGCAAAUCGCAGACAUGCAGGCUGCUGUUGACGUUGGCCCUGCAAAGAAGAACGACGUGGAGGCCGGUGACGCAGAUCGCCCUACGACCGACGGUACCCAGGACGAGCAACAGUCACACGGUGGAGCAAUUCGUCGGGAAGCAGAGGUUGGCAUCGAGCGAUUCCAAGCUGCUAGCGGAGGCGUACUCGAUAGACUGGCCGAUGUCAUAUAUCGCACUGUUUCCUCGGUAGAGGAAGUGGGCAAGAGAAGCGAGCUGUGGGAUUCUCUUAUCAUUGUCGGUAAUGGAUCAAAGGUUCGCGGAUUCAAGGAAGCUCUCUUGAACACGCUACAGACCAAGUACUUGAUCUCCCCGUCAUCAGCCACUAUCUUCACAUCAGAGCUCCCAUCCAACCUCUCGACGCCAAUGGCAACCGGUGCCAACACUCCCCAGCCAUCAAUACCCCCACACUUGAGCUCUGGAGUCAACCCACUUUUGUAUGCUGCAACUACGGCACAAAAUCCCCAGCUGAAUCCCAUGAAUGGUGGCAUGCCCGGUGCACACAUGCCUCACAGCUUGCACACCUCACAUGCGCAAUCGCCUACGAGUGUGAAACUCGCCAAGAUGCCAGAGUACUUCCCCGAAUGGAAAGAUGCGGGUUACGAAGAAGCAGUGUUCCUCGGUGCUCAAGUGGCUGCUAAGGUGCUUUUCAUGGUAGAUCAAGGGUUGAGCAAGGGAUAUAUGACGAGGACAGAUUACAACGAACAGGGACCUCAGGGAAUUCAUGAUUGUAGCAUGUAA